CAGCGGCGAUGUAAAUCUGGUAGCUGAUGAUGACACAAAGACAAAAAGUUUUUGUCAUCAUAUAUUAUAAAAAAUAAAAAUGGAAUCAAUAGCUAAAAGGACUCUAUAGUUCUUGUUUUGGCUGUUCGUUUUGAUCGAGACAUUUAAUAAUUUUCAGGUUUGCAACAAGAGCGAAUGGAAUCAACGCCGGCAAAAUUGAAGUUUGGAAAAUCUUUGUUAGUUCCAAGUGUUCAAGAGCUUGCCAAAGAGCACCUUACCAAUAUUCCAGCCAGGUAUGUCCGCCCAGAACAAGAAUCUCCGGCCGUAUCUGCUGGAGAGGCAGUUCCUACAGUCCCCGUUAUCGAUCUUCAAAAGUUGAUAUCCGGGGAUUCCAUGAAUUCUGAGUUGCAAAAGCUUCACUCUGCUCGCCAAGAAUGGGGUUUCCUCCAGGUUUCAAACCAUGGAGUGACACCUUCGUUACUGGAGGACUUCAAGAGAGAAGUUAUAGAAUUCUUCGGACUUCCAAUGGAAGAAGAGAAGAAACUAUGGCAAAAGGAAGACGACUUUGAAGGUUUCCGCCAGGCAUUCGUUGUAUCGGAGGAGCAGAAGCUUGAUUGGAGUGACAUGUUUGCCAUAGCUACUCUUCCUCCUCAUAUCCGUAAAGUGGACUUGUUUCGGAAGUUGCCUUCAAAGCUCAGGGACAUCAUGGAAGCAUACUGCAAAGAAAUCAAGAGCCUAGCAGUGACCAUCCUAUAUCAAUUGGCAAAGGCUUCAAGGAUGGAUGAAAAGGAAAUGAGAGAUCUGUUCAGUGAUGGUAUGCAGUCAAUGAGGAUGAAUUAUUAUCCGCCUUGCCCUGAGCCAGGCAGGGCAAUUGGCUUAAGUCCUCAUUCUGAUACUGUUGCCCUCACCAUCCUUCUCCAGCUUAAUGAAACUGAAGGUCUUCAAGUCCGAAAAGACGAUAUCUGGGUGCCUAAAAAACCCCUCCCAAAUGCUGUGAUUGUGAAUAUUGGCGAUAUGCUGGAGAUAGUAAGCAAUGGUGUUUAUAGGAGCAUUGAGCACAGAGCAACAGUAAAAUCAAAAGAAGAGAGGCUCUCUGUUGCAACAUUCUAUAAUAUCAACCUUGACUCCGAACUAGGACCUGCACACAGCCUCAUUGGUCCACAUAAUCCUGCCAUUUUCCGAAGAGUUCCCGUGCAAAAAUAUUUACAAGACCUUUUUUCCCGAAAACUUGAUGGAAAAUCGUAUGUUGAUUUCAUGAAGGUAAAGACGAGGGAUGACGAAUGCUAGGUAACAUCUGCUUAUAUAAGUUACUCUUGCUAUUGUAAUUUGGAGUUCCCCUGUUUGAUAUUAUAAAGAAGAAAACCAGUACUCUUCUUUCAUUAUAUGUGACGGUUUUACAUUUGUUACAGAGUCAAAUGUUGAUUUGUGUAUUGUAUUUGUAGGAAGGAAUCAGUGGCGGAGCCACACUAUGCCGAGGGUGUUCAUCCGAACCCCUUCGGCGGAAAAAAACAU